UGAAGACCUUCAUGCCCAGUAUUUUGUAUUAUGAAAGUUUGUGAUUCUGUUCAGUCAACAACUGGUAAAUAUUGUGCUGUUAUAUAUUGGCUAACAUGUUCCUUUCUGUGCCUGUUUCAACAGCCUCUCAGGUGCUGUGUGCCUCCACCUCAGAAGGGACACACUACAUUUUCCCAGGGUGCCUGUGGGGUGCCUCAGCAACUUUCCAUCACACAGUCUAUACAGAGAGCAUCUUAACUGUAUUCAUUUUUCUCCAGGACCACAGGGCUGGAGGUGUAGCCUCGCUAUGGAUCUUCAAAUGUUCAAUGGAGGAAAACCUUGCGAAUUGGAGGAAUAUGAAAAGGGCUUUCAGUAUUUUCCAUGCCUUACUAAUCCCAUGGAAACCCACACCGAAGCAACACUCUGUGAAUGUGAGGAAUGCUGGAGAGCAUUUGCCUUUUCCUCACACCUAAGUCAAUAUGUAACAAUUGCUUCCGGAGAGAAAUCCCAAAAAUGUAAGGAGUGUGGGAAGUGCUUUGCUACUUUCACUCAACUUUCUGCACAUAUGGAAGUUCAUACUGGAGAAAAACCCUUCCAGUGUAAAGAGUGUGGAAAGUGCUUUACAAACAACACAUACCUUAACGAUCACAGGAAAAUUCACAGUGGAAUAAAAUCGUACAAAUGUGUGGAAUGUGGGAAAGCCUUCCUGAGGUGGUCGGGCCUGACUGAACACUUACGAGGAGUUCACAGUGGAGAGAAGCCCUUUGUGUGUAAGGAGUGUGGCAAAGCCUUCUCCAGGUCCACUCAGCUUAAUGAACAUGUCAGGACACACACUGGAGUCAAACCCUACGAAUGUAAGGACUGUGGGAAAGCCUUCACUCAGUACUCGGGCCUCGCCACCCACGUACGCAUCCACAGUGGAGAGAAGCCCUUUCAGUGUAACCAGUGUGGGAAAGCCUUCACUAGGACCUCAGGCCUUAUUCACCAUGUGAGAACACACACGGGGGAGAAGCCUUUUGAAUGUGUCCAUUGUGGGAAAACCUUUAUCACUGCCUCCCACCGUACUAAACAUAUGAAAAUCCACAGUGGAGAAAAGCCCUUUGUGUGCAAUAUCUGUGGGAAGGCGUUUGUGUAUUCCACAUCCCUUAACAUUCACAUGCGAACGCAUACUGGAGAGAAACCUUACAUCUGUAAGGAAUGUGGGAAAGCGUUUGCUGUUUCCUCACGCUUAAGCAAACAUGCGAGUGUUCACCAUGGGGAGAAGGCGUAUAAAUGUGAGGGUAUCGGUGUUGCCCUUAGCCCCUCUGUUGCCUCCCUUAAGUAGUAACAGUGGCACCCAAGAUCAUCCAUCUUAACUGCUCUGUAUGAGUUUUAAUGGCUCCUACUGGUAUAGAUGCCGCUGAUUCCAUGAGAAGAUAUAUAGAUCCCAUCUUGUGGGAACUUCUCUUUUUAAUUUUCCCUUUCGUAAUGCUGGGCUUUGAUCCCAGUGUCUCAUAACAUGAUAGGCAAUCACUCUACCACCAGGCUACAUCCUUGGCCUCCCUGGAACUUGUUCCCACAACACGCUUCAGGCACUUGUGGGUCAUAGGUGAGGUCAGUCCUGCAGGUAGGCCUUGUCUUGGUGCUUGUAUUCCAAGUGAUGGUAGUAUCCUUAAACACUAUGCAUGGAAGUCUGACUUUUUGGAUUAUCUAAGGUACAACUGAAGAGGUAUUGUUUUGGGUCACAUAUAAUAUAGUUAAUAUAUAUAAAAGGUUUCUUUAUUUUUAAAUGUCACUGCGACAUUAAAAUGAGAUAACACAACAAGCUUGUGGACCACUGGUUGGACAUGGCUGCAUAAGGUAAUAGCUCUGGUCCUAGCUCUUGUUGGUUAGUGGCUGUCAGUAUAGCUAUUCAUGUGAAUAUUUAAUGGGAGCUGAACUGACAAGCUAAGCAUAGGACCCAUGUGGUCUGUCGACAGACACUCUUCCGGGUGCAUCCUCUUACCCCAUUGAUCAUGCUCAGCAUGCCAAGAAGCCCUCUGUACUUAUUCUUAAUGGGUCUACCUUUGUAGCCAGUUACUCUGUUUCCUUAUAAAAUCUUAAGUCUACUCUGUCUUGCCUUCUAGGUCUGUUUGAGAUCUAAAUGGCAAUACCUCUGCUUGCAUAAUCCAGUCUAUUCCUCUCCUGUUGAGAUUGCUGAUAUCCCUCCCUUGGGUCCCAUCCGUGAUCUCUUUAUCAAAGGGGUUUUCAGUCACACUCUUAAUAUUCUUCUAUUCAAGCUUUCUCAGUUUUUGCACUAUGGGUGGUCUGAGAAUUUUCCAAAUUUCCAAGUUCUGUUGUCUUUUUGGUGGAGGUCCUUGUUGGAUUUAGUUCUCCCUUUUGCAUUUACUAAAAAUUGUCUUUUAGUAAAUGCCAGGAACUGAAGCUGCUUCUUCAACAGAUGAAUUAUAAUCUCAGGUAAUUUUCCAGUUUUCUCACUCCCCAGCUCUACCUGUUACAAAUUGCAAGACUACAAAUGUAUUUUGCCAAGGUCUUCACCAUUGCACAUCAAGGAUUGCCUUUGUAGGUUGUGUGUGUGUGUGUGUGUGUGUGUGUGUGUGUGUUGUGUUUUUCUUUUUUUUGGA